GCGAAGCGCCCGGGAAAGCAGCGCGGCCAGGCUGCGGGAGAGGCUUUCGGCGGCCGGAGCAGCCCGCUUUCUCACGUGCUGCUCGGAAGGGAAGCGAAACUCAGCGGCGCCGGCGGAGUUCCUGCUCCUGCCGUGGGGACAGACGCAUCUCCUGCCCGCAGGAGCAGCCGCGACCAGAGCGCAAAGGAAGAUGGAUACAGCAAAAGAUGGGAGGAAGGAGUGAGAAGGGUGAAGAAGUGUUCAUGUAAUAAUGGAAGGCUGAAAACCACGAGGGUCAAGGAGAGAGGAGGCUGUUCUCUGAGAUAAAGAUGACAGAAGGGAGACACUGUCAGGUACAGCUUCUGGAUGACAGGAAGUUGGAGCUGCUGGUUCAGCCAAAGCUCUUGUCACGGGAGUUGUUGGAUCUGGUGGCUUCCCAUUUCAACCUCAAAGAAAAGGAGUAUUUUGGGAUAACAUUCAUAGAUGAUACGGGUCAGAAUAUCUGGCUACAGUUAGAUCACAGAGUUCUGGAUCAUGAUCUGCCCAAGAAACCUGGUCCAGCGACUUUGUUUUUUGCUGUCAGGUUUUACAUUGAAAGCAUUUCCUUUCUGAAGGACAAAACCACAGUUGAGCUCUUUUUCCUGAAUGCAAAGUCCUGUGUACAUAAGGGGCAUAUUGAGGUGGAAAGUGAGACAGUCUUCAGGUUAGCUGCUUUGAUUUUACAGGAAGCUAAAGGGGACUACUCCAGUGAUGAGAAUGCAAGGAAAGAUCUAAAGAACUUGCCUGCCUUUCCUACCAAGACGCUACAGGAACACCCAUCGCUCGCCUUUUGUGAGGACAGAGUCAUUGAACAUUAUGUAAAAAAUAAGGGGCUGACCAGAGGACAAGCGAUUGUUCAGUACAUGAAAGUGGUUGAAGCUCUGCCUACAUACGGAGUCCAUUACUACGGAGUAAAGGAUAAACAAGGGAUCCCAUGGUGGCUCGGGAUCAGUUAUAAAGGAAUCGGCCAGUACGAUUUACAAGAUAAAGUCAAGCCUAGGAAGUUAUUCCAAUGGAAACAGCUGGAGAAUCUUUAUUUCCGUGAGAAGAAAUUUGCUGUUGAGGUUCACGAUCCCCGUAGAAUUUCGGUGUCACGGAGGACUUUUGGACAGAGCGGCCUCGUAGUGCAGACCUGGUAUGCGAACACUUCUCUGAUCAAAUCCAUCUGGGUUAUGGCAAUCAGUCAACAUCAGUUUUACUUGGACAGGAAACAAAGCAAAGCAAAAAUCCCCUCAGCCAGAAGCUUGGACGAUAUUGCAAUGGACUUAACAGAGAUGGGAACACCGAAGGUUUCGAAAUUAGCCACUUUGGAAGCAAAGAGUCAACUUAUUAUGGCCAGCAAUGGUAGCCUAAUCUCCUCAGGGUCUCAAGAUUCAGAGGCCAGUGAAGAGCAAAAGAAAGAGAAAAUCUUGGAGCUGAAAAAGAAAGAAAAGCUUUUGCAGGAGAAGCUUUUGCAGAAAGUUGACGAACUGAAGAAAAUCUGCCUGCGGGAAGCGGAGCUCACUGGGAAAAUGCCAAAGGAAUACCCCCUGGGCACAGGAGAGAAACCACCUCAGGUCAGAAGGCGUGUAGGCACAGCCUUCAAAUUGGAUGGCAACCUGCUUCCCAGCGAGGAGGACCCAGCUCUGCAGAAUCUGGAGAGCAACUUUUUCAUACAGCAAAAGAUGGUGGAAGCCGUGAAAAAACUUUCCAGUGAGCCAGACCUAUGCAAAAAUGUGAAGAAGAAGAGGAAACAGGAGUACAUAGAGGCAGUGAAAAAGCUUCAGGAGAUUGAAAAUUCCAUUAAUGAGUAUAGGAUUAAGUGUGGAAAGAAGCCUACACAGAAAUCAACCCUGACCUUACCAGAUGAAAUCAUCCCUUCUGAGAGCAGCUCUUUGUCUGACACAACAACAUUUGAAGAUGCAGGUAGCGAUUCUCUUGCUGUGCCAGGCCAAAGAAUAAACUCUGUGCCACUUUCUCCAAAAUCUCCACCACCCAAAUCCCUUGGGGUGGAGAGAAUCCAUCUCAGGAAGUCCUCCAUGAAUGAGCAACUCCUUGAAUCCAGGCACUCCAGAUAUUGGGAUGGUGGCCACAUAUCGGAUUCCUCUAUUUAUAAUCACAGAGACCCCUUGUCAACACACAGCAGCCCGUACAGAACAGUGGAGAGGCAGCACCGUGGUGGAAGAAGUAUGCCCACAACACCAGUUCUCACACGCAAUGCGUAUAGUAGCACUCAUUUACAGCCGGAUGUAUCCCCCCAGCACUUCAGGCAGCGGAGGGGCAGCUUAGAGUCCCAAACCAACUUGCUGUCUGAGACUGCCAGCGAAAAGCCAGUGUUCACCCUUUCAAAAUCUCCGAGAAGCAGCAGCACAGAAAUCCUAGAUGAUGGGUCUUCCUAUACCAGCCAGUCCAGUGCGGAAUACUAUGUGACCUCAACCCCAAGCCCCUGCUAUACAACCCAGACUCUGGACAACCGUACAAGAAACAGGAGAUGGACCAAGAAGCAGAACAUUUCUGCUGCAAAUUCAGGAAGCAUGCCAAACCUUGCCCAGAAGGACGUCCGCAAUGGCGGCUACCCAAAAAGCCAGGAGCAGCCGUCAGUCACCUGCUACAUUCCUGGCUACGCCCCUUACACAGAGUGCGAUGUGUAUUACAAUAGCGGCUACGUGUAUGAAAAUGGCACGGAGGGCCAGUACACGGUUAACCCUUCCUACCGUUCGUCAGCGCACUAUGGACACGAGCGCCGCUAUCGGGAUUUCAGGUCUUUCCAUGAGGACGAGAUGGAGAGAGUGCCGCACAACCCGUACGCCACCCUUCGCCUGCCGCGGAAGCCGUCCGUGAAAUCUGAACACAUCACCAAAAACAUUCACAAGGCCUUAGUAGCAGAGCACCUUCGCGGCUGGUACCAGCGUGCCUCUGGGCACAAAGACCAGGCUCAUGGCCUGCAGGCAGGCUUUGACGCCGACAGAGGGUCACAGAGGAGCCUGGGCUUUGCUGGAUUGCAGGUCCCCUGUUGUCCCAGCAGCCGCGCAUCAUCUUUCUCUUCAGCAUCUUCUACAAAUGCCUCUGGGAACUGGCGGAAUCCGAUUGCACUGGGGCUUCCUGAUUAUGAUACGCUGUCUCAAUCCUCUUAUGCUAGCUGUUACGGGAGUGUGUAUGGCAACCACCCACUGCCGAGCAGGAUGUAUGCCGAAACAAGCCAGUUGGGCAGCAGCGACAGGGACCAGUUGGAAGGCGACUUGCAAGACGGUGACCAGAGACUGUUCUGGCAUGAGGAUUCGAAGCCUGGGACUUUAGUGUGAGCCUAGCCUUGGCUUCAGUUACCCCAUGUGCCUUGCACCUUUAUGCUGUUCUACAAAACAAACAAAACUUAGCUUCCUGCUGCAACUCAGAAGUGAGGACUGUUAUGGGAGGAUGAAGUAUUCAGCGAGACAAAGCUGCAGGUUCUUAUCCACGUUAGCACAACAACAUGAAUCCAAAUAGACCAAAAUGAGGAAGAGAUCUGGUUUUAAAUCUCCUACCACAAAAUGCAGCCUUUGGUUGAAGUAUUUUGGAAAGCACUUUUUUAGAAAAGACGGAAAGAAGAUGAUGGUGCAAACUUCAAAAAAAUGUGAAAAGGGGAUUCUUGUUGGGACCAUUUUAGGAGCACAAUUCAGAGAGAAAGAAAAGUACAACGGUGGAGUCGCUUCUGUCGUAGCACCUGCUGAUCAAGAAGACGAGUUUGUGGGCUACAGGGCAGAAGGUUGACUUUGCAGUACUACUUGAAGGAUGUUUGGGGUUUUAAACAGUAUUUUGAAUGAGGUUAAAGAUGUUUUUUAAGAUGUGCUGUCCUGAAUGUCUCUCUCUCAUCGAAGCACCACGAAAAGAAAAGAAGCAGUAGUUGCACAUUGCAAUGUACCACAUAAAUCUGUGGCAGCAGGGUGGCUGCUUUCUGGAAAGUGCAAGCAGGCAUCUUCAAAUUGCUUCCUAGGGGGGAGUAAUUUUACACCUCUCCAUGAUAAAUUUUCAUUUAUGCAAGAGUGCAUGCAGGUUUAAAUGUGGAAUGCACAGGGAAACAUUUGGUUUUGAUACAUCUUAAGAAACAGAAAGUUUGCAAGAAUAUUUGCAUUACUGAUGUGACAAUAUGUCCAAUGCAUUGAAUGGCUUCACUCUAUUGACCAGUAUUAUUUUUUAAAAAAACAAACAGUGGCCACAAUUGCACUUAACAGUAAUACCAAGUUGGUGCCUUAAAAAUCAAAGGGCAUUUAAAUUGUAAAAUAUGCUAUCUGUGAAAAGCAGGUGCACUAUGCAUUUGCUGGUCCCAGUCAAUAAAGUCAGGAGUAGAGUAGAGGCCUUGAACAGCCCCUGCUUCUCUCCUGGUGCAACCUCUCACCUUCAAGAUGUGAUCAGUGUUCAUUAUCUGUUGUCCAAGGAGAGAGAGAAAGGGGGAAGGAGCACCAGGGUGGAGAAUGAACUGGCUUGAGCUGACAGUAGCCGUCUUCACACAAUAACGAAGAGGCGACACAGAUAUAAAUGGACCGCAAGGCUGUGUGUUCACCCUGCCCUUGAGGCUGCAUGAUUCAUUCUGACCCCUUUUGUGCUGAAGGAUAACUUCUGAAGUAGGGAGCCUUUUUAUCCCUGCAAGCUCCCUGCAUGAUUUAAGGAUCCUGAAUGACAAGCUUACACGGAUAGAAAAAGUCUCUCCACUUGUUAUCCCUCACCAUAUGGGGAGUCUUUUGUGACCUCAAGUACUUUUCUUUCCAUGUUGCCACCUUCAUACAAGUGAUAUGUGAAGAAGACUAGCAUAGCCAUCUGGGGGAUCUGUGAAUGGAAACCUGUUUCCACUCAUGUGAAUUGCCUCCUAUAUAGAUUGGGGCAACCGAGUGAUGAAUUAGCAUGUAAACAAAAUAAGUGAAUAUUUUAUUUUAU